UAUAAGUAAAAGGUGGUACAUAAGAACAUAGGCAGACUCAAAUAAACCUUAUACGUGAGUUUCAGAGAAAGAAUGGAUGAGGCGGAUUUCAUGCGGCAAACUCUGUACCGAGGCACAGCACUUGGUUUCGUUCUGAUGUUCUUCCAGUUGCUGCUCUUUGGUCUCGAUGAUCUAGCCUUAUGUUCCCCUGCGGCUAGGAAAAGGAUGGACUUUUUGACCCCGGUCUUGGGUGCCCAUCCUUUCGAUACUGAUCAGCCGAUUCGCUGGUAUAUUUACUCCGGUUUCGCCAGCCUUUGUGCUGUAAUUGCGUGGAUACCGGUAAAAUUUAGCCCUGCCCGGGUAGAAAAAUUCAUCGCCAAAGCUUUACGUCAACAAUGCAGAACUCAUGUUGCGUUCUGUAUUUGUGUGUGGAUUCAUGCGUCGAACCGCCUAAUAGCUGGAGGAAAUUGGUUCUUUGUUGGUUCUCUAUCGUGCGCAUCCAUCGCUUGCGUGUUUGCAUUCAUGGUGGUUGCAUCUAGCAGGGAUUGUUUGGUUUUGGCUAGGUGGGUAGUGGCUCAUUCUACUGCGGUUGCUGUUUUUCUUGUUUUUCAAGGCUAUUUCCUUCAGGCUGUCGUCUCAAUCUUCCCUGUCCUCCCAGCAGUCUAUGCCAUGUUUGAAACCAGAGCAGGUGUUGAAGAUGGCAAUUUUGACACUUCAAGAAAGCUAGUAGUUGACAACAUGGUACUGAGGGAAGAGGAGGUGAAUGGGACACCGGAACAGACGCCGGUAGAAUCCCAUGGCAUGGACAACUAUGACGAUGAAGAGGACGACGAUGAAGAGUUUGAACAUCCUGGUGAAGUCGCGUUUGCAAAGAGGCUUUUGAAAUUUCUCACGACAUGAUAAUUUCAUAAGCCCCAUCACCCCGUUGGCCCUAAGCUGCAUUUUAUUUUUCAGAUACUGGUAGGGAUCCUUGUUCGUCAUAUGACUCCUUUAAACUCAAUUUUCACAAGGGUUGUAUUUAGUGCACCAGAUUCCAACUUGUAGUGGCGCUAUUUUUACUAGAGGGUGGACACACACUAUGUGUGUGCACAUUUUUAGGAUAGGUGGAGAUAGUGGGGUAGCGGUUAUGAUAGGUGGUUUUAAAUUGAUUACUAUUUCGAACUCCUCAAAAAUUAAAGAUUA